AUGGGAAACUUGGCUACUAAAUUAGAUUCAAAUAAUAAUAAUAGCACUAGUAAUAGCAGUAAUAAUAAUAAUAACACUAGUAAUAGCAGUAAUAAUAAUAAUAAUAACAAUUCUUCUUCUCCUAUGGCUGCAUAUUCAAAUGCAUUCCGUCAUGCUUCAAAAAUACAAAAUUCAAAAUUGCAAAGAUUAAAUAUACAUGCUCAUAGAAACAUCCAUUCAAUCAUGUCCCCCGAAGAGGCUCCCCCUCAAGACACUGUAUACUACACUCCACAUACCCCUCGUCAUAAAAAAUCUCAUUCAAAACGUCCUUCUCCGCCUUCUACUUCUUCUCUCCCGCAAUCUUCUCCUCCUAAUAACAAUAGAAAGUCUAGAGCAGGAAGUUCCUUUAUAGGCCAGAUCUUGAACGAAGAUUCACAAGAUUCUAAUAAUAAUACUGCUAAUGGUGCUAAUGGUAACCCUUCAAGGACUCCUUCUUCUGCUUCUAUCAUGUCUAAUGGAUCAAGUAAUUUCAGUUUCGAUACACAUAACAAUUAUAUCCCCAAGACCAUUAAAGAUCAAGAACGGCUAAGGGAGGCUCAUACUUUACAAUUGCUUGUUAAAUAUAAUGAAUCAGUAGAUGGUGGAUACCUUGCACCUUAUGGCAACUAUUCAUUUGAUAAAUUGGAUUAUGAUAUCGGAGUAGUGAAAAAUCUUAUCAUUACUAGAAGACUAGCUCCCUUUUAUACCCCAUUAGAUGAGUUUGAUCCUCAAUAUUCAGAUUCAGAACUUCUUAGAACCAUCGAUAAUUUACCGUUACAUUCUUUCAUACCAGAGACUUUGGAAAAAUUUGAGGGUGUCCCCAUCGGUAACCUAAAAGUAGCCAAUUUCGAUUAUUUAAUUGAUAAAUCUUUAUCUAAGCCAGAACAACAAUUAAUGCAUUACCAAAUCUUCAAAGCUAGGUUAUAUCAAAAGAAAAGACAAUGGCAAUUGGCUGAAAAUUAUAUUUUCAUUAAUGAAAAAAGAAUCAAAUCCAAGAAAAAGCACGGAGUACAAAUAUCUCAUGCUGAUAAAAAUUUAUUCUCAGAUGAUUUGAAAUUAACCAUUUAUAAAAAUGGUCAAGAAUGUCCCAUUUGUUUCAUGUAUUACCCGGGUCCUUUCAAUUAUUCUGUUUGUUGUAAACAACCAAUUUGUACUGAAUGUUUUGUUCAAUUGAAAAGAGCCCCACCUCAUUUCCCCCAUGAACAAAUCGAUGAGAAUGGUAAUGAUAUCGGGAGUAUCCCUGAAGAUCAAAGAGAUCCAAACUCUUUAAUCUCAGAACCUACCGAUUGCCCUUAUUGUGCAACAAAUAAUUUCAGAGUCUCUUAUAUCCCACCAACUAAUCGUAGAACAGGGAUAGGGGGUAUUCCACCAGCAAUUUAUAAAUCACCUCCUCAUAAUGAGAUUGAAAUUCAAGAUAUUACUACCACUACAAGUGAAACGAGUGCAAACAGUCUAAACAGUAACACUGCAGUAAGUUCAAAUAGUAUCACUGCAACAAGUGCAAGUGUUAGUAAUAUAGAUAGUUUAUUGGAGGAUGAGCUUUCAUCACUAAUUACCGCAACAGAAACUUCCUCGGCAGCUGCGAUGACAGCUGCUGCAUUAACCACGAAAACUCUAUCUUCAACUUCAUUAACUUCUCAAAAUUCAAUGGUCCAUCACAGAGAAUAUUUUGUCUCUUCAGAUACAAUUAGGCCAAAUUGGAAAGAAAAUUUGGCUCGUGAAAAAUAUAAAUUAGCAAGAAAGUCGGUAAACGCAGCAGCAAUUCAUUUACGUAAUCAAUUGUUAGAAUCUGAUCGUUUUUCAAGAAAUAGUUCCACUUCAGCAACUUUAAUGGAACCAAGUGUUGAUGAACUAGAACAGCAUAUGAUCCAAGAGGCAAUUAGACAAAGUUUACAGGAUUAA